CAGUUGAGUGUCAAGUGUAGAGUUGCAGGAGUCCGUCAACAUGAAGAUCGCCAUCGCAUUACUGGCCUGCCUGGGCCUGGCCGCCGCUGCCAGCUUCCACCAGACCCACGAGGUCAAGAUCGCCGACAAGGCCUUCCUGAUGAAGCAGAAGUUCCUCUUCGAGAUUGUCUACCGCGUGGAGGAUCCGCUCAUGUUCGAGGACCACAUCAAGCAGGGCGAGAAAUUCUACUUUGAGGAGUCCUACUACACUCACUACGACAUGUACAUGAAGAAGUUCUUCGAGGCCUACAAGGCCCACGCCCUGCUGCCCAAGGGCGAGUUCUUCGGCGCCCUGGUCAUGUCCCACGCCAAGCAGGCCCGCGGUCUGUUCAACUUCUUCUACUACGCCAAGGACUGGGAGACCUUCGCCGCCAACGUGGCAUGGGCCCGCAUGCACGUGAAUGAGGGAAUGUUCGUCUACGCCCUGACCAUGGCCGUGAUCCACCGCAACGACUUCCACGGACUGAUGCUGCCCUCGAUCUACGAGAUCUUCCCGCAGUUCUUCUUCAACAGCAAGUUUGUGUUCGAGGCGGAGAAGUUCGACUACGAGAUGUGGAUGAAGAUGACCAUGUACGAGAAGGAGUACAUGGAUGUGUACUACAAGACCCACGGAAACGACUACACAACCAUGUACCGGUCCAGCGACUACACCUACAUGAAGGACUUCAAGACCUGGCAGUGGUGGAAGCUGAUGGGUCUGGGCGAGCACUGGUACACCGAGGACAAGUUCAUCCUGCGCGAGAACAUCUACGAGUUCAACCAGGAUUCCAAGUGGCUGUCGAUGAUGAAGGACGUGAAGAAGUUCUACAUGCCCGUGGACUACACCCGCGACCUGAAUCUCUACAACAAGGAGUCCAAGCUGUCCUACUUCACCGAGGAUCUGGGCUGGAACGCCUACUGGUACUUCCUGAACAUGGACUACUCCUUCUUCCUGGACGGCAACACCUUCGACCUCAAGAACGACCGUCGCGGCGAGUGGUGGCUCUACAACGUGCACCAGCUGCUCAGCAGGUACUACAUGGAGCGCCUGUCGCACGGAUUCGGCGAGAUCCCCGAGUUCUCCUGGUACCACCAGAUCGAGAUGGGCUACGACCCCCAGAUGAUCUACUACAACGGCAUCGGCUACAGCUUCCGCAAGAACUACUACGAGAUGGAGACCUACGCCAACUACGACAUGCUGGACAAGAUCACCGGCUUCCUGAAGCGCAUCCACAACAUCGUCGAGAUGGGCUACUACAAGACCGCCGAUGGCCACACCAUCGAUCUGCGCAAGCCCGAGGCCAUCGAUUUCAUCGGCAACAUGCUGCAGGGCAACGUGGACGCCAUGGACAAGAUGUUCUACCAGUUCUGGUACAUGCUCGCCCACAUGUACUUCGCUGACGCCGACUACCACCAGAUGGACGUGUACCCCAACGUGAUGCUCAACUUCGAGACCAUGAUGCGCGACCCCAUGUACUACAUGUUCUACAAGUCCAUCGCCCAGGUGUACUUCCAGUUCAUGCACUACCUGCCCAAGUACACCAAGGAGCAGCUCCUGAUGCCUGGCGUGACCAUGAAGCACGUGGAGGUCAGCGACCUGACCACCUACUUCGACCUGGUUGACUUCGAUGUGACCAACAUGCUCAACGACAAGAUGAUCUUCCAGGACGGCAAGUUCGUGUGGGACAUGUCGCUGUUCGCCCGUCAGAUGCGCCUCAACCACAAGCCCUUCACCUACACCUACACCAUCGAGUCCGAGAAGGUCGAGAAGGUGGUCAUCCGCGCCUUCCUGGGACCCAAGUUCGACGAGUUCGGCAAGGUCAUUUCCCUGGCCGAGAACCGCAUGAACUUCAUGGAGAUCGACGAGUUCUACUACGAGCUGAAGGCCGGCACCAACAUGAUCACCCGCAAGUCCAGCGAAUUCUACUGGACCGUCAAGGACCGCACCACCUACACCGAGCUCUACUACUACACCAUGAUGGCCUUCGACGGCAAGUACGACUUCCCCCUGGACAUCAGCGAGCCCCACUGCGGAUUCCCCGACCGCCUCGUCCUGCCCAUGGGCUGGCAGAAGGGCAUGCCCAUGCAGAUGUUCUUCAUGGUGGUGCCGUACGUGGCCCCCGCCCACGAGCAGUUCUCCACCUUCGACUACACCUACUCCUGCGGCAUCGGGUCCGGAGCCCGCUACGUGGACAGCCUGCCCUUCGGCUACCCCUUCGACCGCGAGAUCGACGAGUACGAGUUCUUCGUGCCCAACAUGUACUUCAAGGACGUGUCCAUCUACCACGCCGACACCAUGGAGCCCUACUACAAGUACAAGAGCUACUCCAACUACGGCCACUUCGACUACGCCUUCUUCAACGACUACUACACCAAGUACUUCAAGUUCUGAGCGUCGUCGUUGUGUGUGCGACUUCGAUUGCGAAAUCCGGAAAACGACCACGGAACGAUCUACCCAUUGAGCGGAUGUUUUUAGAGUGUCUGAUACCUAGCUAGUAAGGUGUGCAAAAAGUCUAAUAAACUUUCGAAAACCAAGUAAAA